GUUCACGGCAGAGCUGCACCAGCCAGCUGGAGGUUUUUUUUUUGGCAGGUCUGCUCUUUUUCCAUAGUCUUCUGAACGCGGGAUUCUUCUAGGAUCCUCUGCACCCGGGCAGCAGACGAGUUCUUAAGCGUCUGAACUGGACUUCAGCCUCAUUGCUGCGGGACAUCGCCUUCUUAUCAGCAAGAUUACCAGCCCUUUGCUGCCUCUUUUUUCCAUCACCAACGCCAGCUGACUGCAACCGUCAGCCGAUCUGAUUCUGCCGUUUUCUACCCAGACCUCUCCGCAAACUGUACCAGCUGUUAAGUAGAGCGGUCCGGCUGUGGACAUGGGCCCAGAAGUGACGGCAGCGGCAGCUUUUAUUUCCAGGCUGCUGGCGACGACCGGAUCCCUCAGCGAGCAGCAGCUUCGGGUCUUUAACGACUGCCUGCGACAAUCACUGACAGAGCACUAUGAGCACCACUGGUUCCCAGACAGACCCCAGAAGGGCUCGGGGUAUCGCUGCAUUCGGAUAAACCACGAGAUGGACCCCCUGGUGGGCCGGGCGGCUGGCAGGGUGGGCCUGAGUGGCCCUCAGCUGUUCCGGCUCCUGCCCCGCGAGCUGACCCUCUGGGUGGACCCGUUCGACGUUUCCUACCGUAUCGGUGAAGAUGGCUCCAUCUGUGUCCUCUAUGAAGCGGGACCCACCCAGGCCCUCGGGCCCAACAGUUCUGCCCACGGGCCCCGGUUCUGCCAGAACAGCUUCCUCAUGGGCCGUACCAGCCCGCCAAAAAAUUACCUGAUGACAGUCUCCAGUUAGGGAGGGAGGAAGGGUGGUAUCCCACUGUCCCAGCAAGGCUUUGCAGGUCACUAGACGGCAUUCUACCUUCCUCCUCCUCGUCCUCCAUUAGGCACAACUCGGCGCAUUUAUUGCGUACUUUUUAAACUUUUUAAGCUCUUGUCCAUCCUGCCCCACUGAUGUUUGCGAAGAGCAGGGCAAUAAUAAUGCACUAAGUCCAGCGUUUUUAGCUGUAAGUAACUGGGACCUGAUGGAGAGGCUGACUUGCCUGUAGUCUCCACCUUGGCUGUUUUUUUCGCACUGCUUGAAGCUUUAGUUUUGGGCCUGGGUGCUGUUUUUUUCCGAAAACUCCCCAGUGCUUCUGUCAGGUGUUGGGGGGGGGGGGGUGAUACUGCAGUGCAAUAAUGUGACUCCAGCUACUGAGGAGUGUAACAUAAGAUGACUGACUGGCAUUGUUGGCCUUAAACCUCCCACCACCCCUUACCCUGACACCAGACCCCUGAUGAUGGAGAACGAGCCGUAAAGGUUCUCCACUCCACCCCUUCUCACCAGGUUUAACCAAAGAGGAUCCCCGUCCGAGUGACGUGGUACAGUCCAAAAUGGCUACUGCCAGUAAUCUGUGUUUUGGAUGAAAUCGCCAACGUUUACAUAUUUUAAUGUCGCCUUCCUCAGAGAAGAUCUCCUGCAUUGUAAGCCUUUGAAUGGUAGAAAUCCCCAGUUAGAAAGUGUUGCCUGUGGGGAGUGGGCUAUGGCGGGGGCUGGAUUGUGGAAUACCAUGCUGCCGAAACUCGUGAAACCCGUGCUGAGAUGGUGACAUCCUGCCUAUCUAAUCUCUCUUUGACUGAGCUGUUGAGCAGCUGAUUUUAUGUACUGUUUUAUUGUUUUGUUUUCUUUAUAAAAUGUAGAAUUUCUACACAAUGAGUUGCGAGUGAUGCAUUAUAUGUACAUUUGUUUUGUGGGUGCGUACAUGUACAGAGUGUACAGUUUUGUACUUGACAAAUUUAAUUUUAAGACAAUAAAACUUUAUGAUCAAAAUCA